UUAAGGAGAACUAAACGGAGCUGCAUAGCUGAUUCAUCAAUUGGUAAUGAGAUGUAAGCCUUUGGAACAGAACUGAUAUUCUUUUAGAAGGAAAGUAAAUCCUUUUGUAUCAGACCAUCGUGAAGGGUUACGUACCCCGUGCUCCCCCGUAGAAACGAAGGACCCAGGAAGAGAUGGGAAUUGUGGAGUGAACGAAAACAGGGCUUUUUCAAAUUAUAAACACCAACAUGGCCAGGCAGCAGAUCGCCACAAAACGACAAUGUACCCUACUGCCCAAUCUGUUCAUCAUCCUUCUCAUCGUUACGGUUAGCGGUGGUACUGUAGAACAAUGCCCCAAAGAAACGGAAUGUAUAUGCCAAUCAUUACGUAUGGUGAAUCCGACAGUCAUUGUCAGAUGUCAACAAGAGCUUGUCGAGGAAUUUCCAACAAUGCGGCAGAAAGUGGUGGCGUUCUAUGCUUUCCAGACAAGGGCCACGGCGCUCUCUCUCAGAUCUUUCCGCAAUGCCACCAACUUAGGCAUGAUCUCCGUCGUAGAUAAUCCUAUCUCCAGUAUCGAAGAUGGGGUCUUGAGUUCAUUGCCAAAUCUUGUUUUUCUUGUACUGGCCAACAUCAAGCUCAAAGGUACAUCGGAUUUAAACGGGCUUCGGGCACUGACUGAACUAACACUUAGUGACAACCUCUUGAGGAACUUUACAACAAGCUCCCUGCUUGAUUUGCCACAACUUGAUGUACUUGAGCUUGAUGGCAACUUCAUCACUACAUUCCGUUUUAGUCAUGAUAAAUUGCGGGUGCUGAAUCUGAGCCGGAACAACCUGCAGGACUUCCAUGAAGAAUCGUUCAAAAAUCUAAGAAUGCUAGACAUUCUGGACCUGUCGCGAAACUCCAUUGUCCAUCUUCGGAAUAUUGCCUCCCAAAGUCUGCACUCACUGUUCCUGGCUUACAACCAGAUAGUAGAUAUCGACGGAACCAUGUGGCAGGAACUUCCUGUGUUGAAAUCCAUAGACCUGUCUAACAAUCGGAUCAGAGAUCUUAGCAAUGUCUCGGGGCUUCCCUUUCUCAAGAAUUUAAACGCCAGCGGCAAUUUGAUCGAAAGUUUUGACAGCAUACACCCUUCAGCGACAUUAGUUAACUUAAAUCUCAGCCAUAACAGAAUGAAAAAUCUCAGCAAGAUGCCAGAUUUUCCCCUCCUGGAAUCGCUCUGCAUGGCAAAAAAUGCGAUUGAAUAUUUUGAUGGCAAUGCCCUUCAAAACAGCCCACUUCUUUCCUUCUUGUCCUUAGAAGGCAAUAGAUUGGCCGAGUUUGGAGCUCUUAGUAACAACCCUCGUCUUGUUUCACUGUAUCUCCAGAACAACAUGAUAGAUGAUAUUGAAGAAGGUGCUUUCACUCGUUCUGCAAGUCUUGAAGACAUCGAUGUAGGAUCUAACAAACUAUCGGACCUACAAGAAUUUAAGAAUAUGCCAUCGUUGGUCUAUCUCAAUGCAUCUGGAAAUAUGAUCAUGGAAAUAUCUGGACAGAGCCUGCAGGGUUGUACAAAAUUGUCAAUACUCGACUUGAGUGAAAAUCUUCUCGAGGAAUUUCCAAAUUUCCCGGUAGUAUAUUGGCCCUUUCAGCUCUAUUUAGAUUCCAAUCCUAUUCGAGUGUUUGAUUGGAACAAAUUGCGGAAUUUGUAUUCCCUGCGUCGCCUGUCGUUGAAUGGAACCCGAAUCACGUAUAUUCCCCCGAAUAGUCACUUCUUCCCAACUACCCAUAUUUCAAUAAAAAAUUACAACGCCUCCGUGACGAUUGCAGAUAACGCUCUUACAGCUCUUAUUAGUUUGAGGGAACUGUCAGUACCCAAUGUGGCAGAAGUGUCUCCGCGUAUCUUUAGAUCGGCGCACAACCUCAAAAGGCUCGAACUUCGCUCUGGCGAAUUGUCCGAGAUUACAACUGAAUGGCAGUUCGUGUCUCUUGAUUACUUCGAUCUCUCUCAGAACCGAAUACAUGGAAUAGACAUCGACGGCAGAUCGAUGACAAGACUGAAGUCCAUGAUCCUUACAGAUAAUCUCAUCACCAACGUCUCUUUUGUGAAUUACCUUCCGAAUCUCCGUGAACUCUACCUGCGCCAUAACCGAAUUUGGCAUAUUCCAAAAGAUGCAUUCACUUCAUGUUCUGCGCUUACAGUUCUUGACUUAUCAUACAACAUGAUCGAGGAAGUCAUUAUCGGCACGUUUGAUUACCUUAGGGCCCUGGGAGAGCUCUACGUUUCUUACAAUAUGCUCACUGAUUUUUCCCUUGCCUUUGAUACUAAUACAGAUAGCAGCCACGAGUUUAAAUCAAUCAAUGGGGUACACCUCGAGGGGAAUCGCAUAUCCAAAAUUGACUCUAUGACUUUCCAAAGUUGCGGUUAUAGUCUGCGCAGGAUCAACUUGGCUCACAACCCUCUUCGACUUAUAAACGAAACAACUUUUCUUCGCAGCUUUGGUCUAAGGACCCUUGACCUCUCACAUACAGAUUUACAAAGCCUCACGGCCGGGCUCUUCCGAAAUGUCGGUUACAAAAGUGAUCUAGUCGUAUCGCUGAAUAACGUGACAUGCCUGAAGGACAUGGACAUCAUUAGCUUGACUUAUCCGAAAAGAAAGGUCAUUAAGAGACUUGAAUUGAGAAACAACAAUUUGACAAGAAUACCCAGUUUCAACAAUAGCAUAGUCGUUGAGCUCGACGUCUCUCACAACAAUUUAUCCGAUGAUUACUACCGAGACUUGAGUGGAACAGAAGAUCUCAAGUUUCUGGAUGUAAGUGUGAACAACAUCGAGGAACUGGACAGAGAUUUCAUUCAAACCUUUCCACGUCUGAAGCAUUUAAACGUAAGCAGUAAUAAACUGCAGCAGGCCCAACAUAACCUGUUUGACAGUCUGCAUAAUUUGGAAACGAUCGAUCUCACCAACAACAAGUUGGACGGCAUAGUGUUGAAGACAACAGAAAACCUAAAGGCAAAUGUUAGAAUUAACUUGACGGGGAACCCUAUUCUAUGCGACUGCUCUCUAGUAAAAUACAGGGCACAUCUAAAACAGAGUCAGCAGUUGUCCGGUCAUGAUGUUCCAGAGGGUGAUGUUACGUGCCAGUAUCCGCCGAGACUUUCAGGAGAAUAUGUUACAGAUGUGCCACUAGAGCAAUUCCAGUGUAAACCGGAAGUCAACCCGUCAAAAGCGGUCGUCUUUGGCGUUGUAGGGGAUCCAAUUCGCCUGGAGUGCCCGUUGCGAGAUCGAAAUGGCAUCACCGUGACUUGGGAGAACGUAACUGAGAUACACAGCGACAAACAUAUCCGUGUUUCUACAGAUGGCCGACUCAUGAUCGAACAAAUGACAACUGAGGAUUCUGGCAACUACCAGUGUAAUGCAACAAACCAAGAAGGAUCAGAAAUCCUGAUUGUCCAGCUCCAUGUUGGGCUCAACCCAAUCGUCAAUGACACCACCAGCAGCGAUGUCAUCUCCAGACUAGCGAUGACUGUUACUGAAAGCCUUUCGUCCUAUAUCCAAUUUAGCCCGGAAACGUUCGAAGGCCCAUCUGAUUUGCCUGGUGAUCAUCCAGAGGCUCGACAGGAGACAGUGAAUGAUGAGUCCAUACCAAGGUUACCAAGGCGCUCCCAAGCUGUAUCUAUGGAAUUAUCGAUGCUUUGCGUCAUGCUCAAUGCUAUGGUGGUGAUUACUCUAUAAAAUGACUUUCACCUAUA